GAGUUGCGCCUCGUGACUAUAAGGAGGAUGAGCGUGUCGAAGUUCAUGUUAAUUCCCUCACACCGAUGAUGGGACCACAUUCGCAACAAUUAAAAUCUGUCAUUCCAUACGAUUAUUAUUAUAAACCUUUUCACUUUUGUUCACCGGAAGAAAAACUGAGUCAACCUGAAUCGUUAGGAAGUAUUUUAUUCGGGGAUCGUAUAUUUAAUUCGCCAUAUAAUCUUAAAAUGCUUAAAAACAAUCAUACUUGUAAUGUUCUUUGCCCGGAAGGAAAAGAAGAAAGCGUUCCCCCCGAAGAUGCUAAGUUUAUAAAUGCACGAAUAUCUGAAAAUUAUGCGAUAAAUUGGCUUAUUGAUGGGCUUCCUGCUGCUAGUAAAAGAAUUGAUUCAAAAACGGGUGAAGAAUUCUAUAGCAUUGGAUUUGAAUUAGGGGAUCAAAAGAUGAACUUGCACAAUCAUUAUGCUAUAGAGAUUCAUUAUCAUGAACAUCAAAAUGAGAAAAAAUAUCGGGUUGUCGGAGUAACUGUUAAUCCUUCCAGUCGAAAAUACAAGAACUAUGAAGAGGCCAAGACAUGUAAAGCUGAAGGCUUCUUAACUUUAUCAACACAAAAGUCAAAUGAUGUGUUUUAUACUUAUGAAGUUUCUUGGAUUCCAUCAGAAACUGCAUGGGCAACAAGAUGGGACAAUUAUUUACAUACUUUCGAUCCAAGAAUUCACUGGUUCUCUUUGGUUAAUUCUAUUGUUAUCGUUCUUUUCUUGACGGGGAUGGUAGCUAUGAUAUUACUUCGCGCUUUACAUAAGGAUAUAUCUCGAUACAAUCAAAUUGAUGCACAGGAAGAUGUUCAAGAAGAUUUUGGUUGGAAAUUAGUUCAUGGAGACGUUUUUCGUCCUCCCAGUCACAUUAUGUUGUUAUCGGUCUUACUGGGUAGUGGUGCACAGUUAUUCUUUAUGACUACUGUAACUUUAAUUUUUGCCGUUCUUGGAUUCCUAUCUCCAUCCAAUCGAGGAUCUCUUGCUACUGUCAUGAUCAUUUUUUACAUGCUCUUUGGUUCCGUUGCUGGAUAUACAUCCGCACGUGUUUAUAAGACUUUUGGUGGGGAAUCCUGGAAGAAAAAUGUCUUUUUAACCGCUUUCCUGUUUCCUAUGAUUAUCUUUUCCAUUUUUGUCAUCUUAAACUUUUUCCUUGUGUCUGCCAAGUCAUCAGGAGCAGUUCCCGCUUCAACUUUAUUAGCCAUAAUAGGAUUGUGGUUCUUGAUUUCGGUUCCCUUAUGUUGUAUCGGUUCUCUUUUCGGAUUCAAAAAACCUAGAAUUGAAAAACCUGUUCGCACAAAUCAAAUUCCUCGUCAAAUUCCAGAUCAAGUCUUUUAUUUACGACCCAUUCCUUCGAUGCUUAUGGGUGGUGUACUUCCUUUUGGUGCCAUUUUUAUUGAACUUUACUUUAUAAUGAACAGUAUUUGGGGAAGUAAAAUAUAUUACUUGUUCGGAUUUGCCGCUAUGGAUUAUCAUUGGAGUUGGAGAGCAUUUUUAACUUCUGGUGCAUCAGGAUUAUAUAUUUUCAUUUAUUCUAUAAUGUAUUUUUUAACUCGAUUACAAAUUACUUCUUUAACCAGCACAGUAAUUUAUUUUGGAUGGUCAGGAGUGAUGAGUCUAAUGUUUUUCGUUCUUACCGGUACAAUUGGUUAUUUUGCUUGUCUUGUUUUCAUUCGUAAAAUAUUCAUGAGCAUUAAAGUAGAUUAA